GCUCAGUCUUCAGAAAAAGGAAAUAAGGAAAACGUUCAGCAAUAUCUCUCUCUCUCUCUCUCUGUGAUCCAUUGUCGGAAACCUACAAACCAUGGCCAAAACAGCGGUGGCGGAGCCACCGACGCCGCCAUCAAAUCUCAACCUCACCACCGCCACUGGCGCUGCCGAUGGAUUGGAGGACGUCCUCCCAAUUUCACCUCUGGAAGCCGCACACAUGUUCCAAAACGACGACGUGGUGAUGGACGACUUCGACUUCCCCUUCGACUUCUCCUUCGAUGAUUUCUGCCUUCCCUUCGGUGCGGAUAAUUCUCUCAGUCAAAAUUUCCUACCAGUUUCGCUCGACCAGGCCGGUUGUGAUCCGGUGCAGGCGCAGCUUGAUGUAGGUCCCACUUGUUACGUGCAACCCGGGUCUGGCUGUGAACCGAUCGGGGCGUUUAAGAAUUCUGCUAGCAUUUUCAAGUCGUCGUCUUCAGAACUGUGUCAUUUCUCCGCCGAUCAGAUUGCCGGAGACGCCAUGCUUCUGAAUUCUGUUUCGCCGGAGCUAAGCUCGAGCUCUUCUAGGGUUUUGGUCGUGAACUCGCCGGAAUCUCAGCAGAUUUACGGAGAUGUCUCUGGAUACCUGAAUGUUCCAUCGCCUGAGUCGAAUGGGUCUAAUCGCGAGGCUUCUCAGCGGUCUGGAAAUGAAAACCAGGGCUCGAGUGGAGAUGUGGUUUUGAAUUGUCCUUCGCCAGAGUCUGAGGGUUCGGGCAACUGUGGUCCCAACGUCUCUGCAGCGCCGGAUUUACUGUCCACGGACUCGGAUAAAUCGGUAAAUUCUUCUACUGACUUUGGCAAUAAUUCAAUAAAGAUUGGUGUGGUUGAUCAGAAAAUCAAGUUGGAGGAAUUGAAUGCUAAUAUUAACAAUUGUAGUAACUCUAUGUUAAAGAGGAAAAAACAGGCUGAAGAUACUAAUAAUGUGGAGUCUAGGAGUAGCAAAUAUAGAAAACCAGUUGAUGACACAAACACCGAGAAUAACAGUGAAAAUAAUGAUAAUAUCACUAUUGAAGAGGAAGAGAAGAGGAAAACAAGAUUAAUGAGAAAUCGGGAGAGUGCUCAGCUCUCGAGGCAAAGGAAGAAGCAUUAUGUUGAGGAGUUAGAGGAUAAAGUGAGGACAAUGCAUUCAACUAUCCAAGAUUUGAAUUCCAAGAUAUCUUAUAUAAUGGCCGAAAAUGUUAGCUUAAGGCAGCAGAUGGGUGGGAAUGGUGUGGCUGUUGCGCCCCCAAUGCCUCCCCCAGGGAUGUAUCCACCCGUUAUGUAUCCGUGGAUGCCAUGUGCCCCACCUUAUAUGGUGAAGCCACAGGGGUCGCAAGUGCCAUUAGUUCCUAUUCCAAGGUUGAAGCCACAACAAACAGUCUCAGCACCUAAGAGUAGUAAGAAAGUGGAGAGUAAGAAGAAUGAGCCAAAGACUAAAAAGGUUGCUAGUGUUACUUUCCUUGGCUUGUUAUUUUUUAUAUUGGUAGUUGGAGGAUUGGUUCCCACGGUGAAUGUAAGAUAUGGGGGAAUAAGAGAGGCAUUUACUGGGAAUACCAGGAGUGGGUACUAUGAAAAGCACCCUGCUAGAGUGUUGGCUGUUAAUAGAACUGGACAAGGUGAGAGUUCUGCGCAUGGAAAACAUUCUAGUGAUGUUACCCAUUUUGGUGUGCAAGGUCAUGGUGGUGGAGGAGGAAAGCAACAUAGUGAGCAAGAUGCUGAUGAGUUUGGUCAGUCAGGCAAUGGUAGUGUGCCCCUUGCAGCCUCCUUAUAUGUUCCGAGGAAUGACAAGCUUGUGAAAAUUGAUGGUAACUUAAUCAUUCAUUCUGUUCUGGCAAGUGAGAAAGCCAUGGCAUCUCAUGUGAGUGCUGAAGAAAAGGUUAGUCAAGAGACAGGUCUAGCAGUUCCUGAAAAUAUGGCCCCUGCUAUUACUGCUGGAAGGCAUCCUCAUAUGUACCAAGGUGCAGCUGAACGGCAAAGGGCUCUUGGUUCUGAUUCUAUGGGUAAGGACAAUAUGAGGUCAACGGGAGCUGAUGGUAGGCUACAGCAAUGGUUCAGAGAAGGCCUUGCCGGGCCGAUGUUAAGCUCUGGUAUGUGCAGUGAGGUGUUCCAGUUUGAUGUGUCAUCAGCAAUAGUUCCAGCAACUUCCAUGAGGGAUGUGUCUCUAGAAGAAACUCGGAAUAGUACAAAGUCAAAAAAGGGAAGAAAUAGAAGGAUUCUUAAUGGUCUUUCUGUUCCCCUUUCUGCAACAUCUCACAACAUCUCUGAAGAAACUGCUGAAAUAAGUGGAAACAAAGAAAAGCUGAAAGGGAAUAACAAUUCACUGUCUUCAAUGGUUGUUUCUGUGCUUGUUGAUCCAAGAGAGGGAGGCGAUGGUGACGUUGAUGGCGUGAUGGGAAAGAAGUCUCUUUCCCGGAUUUUCGUCGUUGUACUGGUAGACAGCGUCAAGUACGUCACAUACUCAUGCAUGCUCCCGUUCAAGGGCUCGGUCCCUCAUCUAGUGACUACCUGAGGAAGGAAGAGGUGUUCAAUAAAACAUAUGACAGAUAGCAAGUCCACCCAUCUUCUGAAGCAAUUUUGUAGAAAGCAAAAUGUCUAAGUAGUAGUGCUUACAGCUGAGCAAUAGCCAUGCAUGGAACUUGAAGAACCAACCCUCUGCUAGGAUGAACGAUCUGAUAGAGGAUAACACCCUGGGAAGGGAAUAUCUAAGACUUUUUUUUUUUUUUUUUUUUUUUUUUUUAAAUCUUCUGUAGCUUCUCAUGUAACCUGAACCAGAACCAUGAUGCAGCCAUUUCUAACUUGUGUAUGAGAACACAUAUAUAUUUCCCUUAUGUGUUUAUCAAUGUAAUUUAUUGUUUCUUUCAGUUCCAUUUGGAUCUGUAA